AUGUCGCAGCUGCUCCUGCCCUCGCUCGGCGCACCCUGCGACCCGCGCCGCUCGGUGCUGGACCAGCUCACGCACUGCUUCCGCUCCGACUGCGGGCCACGCGAGUGGUGCCGGCCCCUCGCUGCGCCUCUCCAGGCUCCUCCCGCGAAAGAAGCGGGAGGAGGAGGAGGAGGCAAGGAAGUGGAAAGUAGCGGCAGCUGUGUGCCCAAGGGAUGCAGGCGCGACGAGUAUCCAUGGGGCUAUCACGGUGUCGAGACGGCCGAUCUGCCGAGGAUGUGCGACGACGGUCUGACCUACUGCCCUAACGACGAGUCGGUCUGCCUGCCGCACAUCGCCCUCGGUGAUGCCUGCGAGCUGAACCGCGACGACUCCUGUGCUCCACCAAGCGACAGCAGCUACAACACCACGACCCUCUGCCUCUUGCAGAUCUGCCGCCUCGCCGCCUCUCCCCUCGCCGCCGUGUGCCAGCUCGAGCACACGCAGUACCUCGGCUACGACGGCCACAGCCCGCAGCCCGUCGUCGAAGUCGUCACGCGCGACGACUGCCAGGCGGGCCUCUAUUGCGCCGCCGAGCAGACCCCGCCCGUCUGCGUGCGCCAGCGCGCUGUGGGAGACGCCUGCGCGAGGAAUCGAGAGUGCCUGACGUUUAAUUGCGACAAGGCGUCGCAGACGUGCGAUCGGCCCGCGACCGACGCGGGCCUGCACCUCUCGCCGCUUUGCUUCGUCCUCGUGGGCCUCGCCAUCCUCCUCAGCCUCGGCCUCACGGUGUGGCUCCUCGCCCGCAUGCACGCCUCGCACCGGGCCGCGCGGCGCGACGAGGUGCGGCGCUACUUUGCCGAGCAGUGGAGCUUCCGCGAGAGCAUCACCGAGCUGCACGCGGCCAAGACGCAGGCCAGCAAGGAAAUGCGAGAGGACUGA